AUUCGUAUUAUAUCCUUAAAGUUUUUUUCUGUCAUGCUUAAAUUUUAAUAAAUUUAAAAUUUUUCUUCUGGGAAUUUGCCCGCUUAAAUGUCGGGACCAUCCAAUAGUUGUCGUUUAUGGCAUCGCAUCCUAAAAAAAAACCAACCGCAGACAUGUGCAAAAAGUUGCUUUGAACCGACUGGUCAACCAUGUGCCGAUGGCAACAACCGAACUGUUGGACAUGUCCGCAAUUUCUUGGAGCCUGAAUCGCCUGUGCGUCGUCUAAUAGAUAUAAAGAAAGAGUGCUCGCCGGAUUAUCGUAAACCAGAGAAAACUUGCAAUCUUAAUGCUCUGGCCAGUAAUCGUCAUCCACACAAUUUGUGCUCCUCGAAAUGCAGACCGCUCAGUACGAGUCUGCAUUUAAAAGAGCUUAGACAAAGACCUCCGCCAAGGCGCGAUUAUAAGCAUUGGUGUCUGUUGAGUGAUGGAACUGAAGUUGGUCGAAUAUUUCCCAUGAAAUUUCGUAUACGCAGACUGAGCACCGAUUGUUCUGAUUGUAACAAGGAGCUACGACUGCGCGAAACUGUAACGGGAAAUAACGACGUAGUACUACUUUCCAAUUGCUGUGAUGUUGAAAUAUAUCCAGAGAAGAAAAUGGUUAACUGGCACGUCGUGCCGGUUAAAAUGAUAACUGACAAAGAGAAGAUCGCCAAGCAAGAAAUCUGUGUAACUUAUCCACCGCCGGUCAAGAAAAUUGAAUUCAUGCCGGUAAAAGGAGUAAAGAUUGCUAACAAAGUAGUUCGUAAGAUAAAUAAAAAGAAGAAAAGAAAGAAAGGCAAGAAGGGAAAGAAAGGCAAGAAAGGAGGCAAGAAGAAAAAGAAUUAGAGAAU